GUUCGUUCUGGAUGUGAGUGCGUGAUGUCGUAAAUUUGUUGCCAAAAGUAAAAAAUAUCGCUCCACUGAAUUUUGGGCUAUACAUUACAAGUAUCAUCGAAUGGUAUUCAAAAUGCGAACUUACAAAAGAAAAACUGACCGAGCUCAUAUUAGUAAAGAUUUGAUAAAACAAGCUGCAAGUGAAGUAAUAAAUGGUACAAGUAUCCGUAAAGCAGCUAAAAAUAAUAAAAUAGACAGAACCACGCUUUCGAGAGAUAUUCAAUUUUCACCAGAGCUUGUGAGGCCAUUACCGAAAGCAGGACCCAGAAAGCAACAAACACGAAGGAAGAAGAGAAGCUGUGCAAUUUUGACAGACACUCCGGAAAAAGAUGCGCUUGCUUCACAACAACGUAAAAGAAAAUCAAAAACCAGCAUGAAGAUAGAAAAGUCCAAGAAAAGGGCAGUGAAGAAAGCAAUUCUUAUAAGCUCCUCAGAAUCUGAUGGAGAGAGUCACUCUGAUAAGAAAAUUCAUAGAAAGCUUGGUAGGAAAAAUAAGAAGACAAAUAUAAAAAAAAGACAACUUCCAUCAGACACUGAAGAGGAUGAUUGUUUUUGUCUAGUGUGCACUGAGUCCUAUUCAGACAGUCUUCCAGGAGAAGAAUGGAUACAGUGCUCCAGUUGCCGAGCAUGGGCUCACAUCAAUUGCACUUCUGGUGUCAAUACUGUGUAUAUUUGCAUGAACUGUGACAGUGACUAA